UCGUACUUGUAGUUUGCAACUAUAUAAAAGCUAGCCAGCUAAAUCUCUGAAUCUACCAACUAGAGAUUAUAUGUCCAUUUAUAUCCUGCAUCAAUUUUCCGGUACCAAGUAAACCAAUUUGCCUAAAAAUAACAACCUUAGUUAUGUCCUGGAUUAGUAAUUCAAUUCAUGGUGAUAAAUUUUACAAUGGGAGUCCUUUUGUCAUACCACAAGAAGAAGAAGCUCUCCCAUUCUUCCAGAACUUCGUCUCGCCUCUCUACGAUGAUACUCAGCUCUUUUCGGUGCCAUUGGCAGCUGAUGAGAUCUCUAAUGUGCCUUUGCCUACGGUAGGCACUGAGAUUCAUCAACAUAGCUCAACGUCUAAAAAUGAGUCUUCGGAAGUGAAGAGGGGUGGUUUGAACAAAGGCUCGGUGAGGAGGAGUGGGAAAAAGGAUAGGCACACCAAGAUUAAAACUGCGAGAGGUGUGAGAGACAGAAGAAUGAGGCUUUCGUUACAAAUUGCUCGAAAGUUCUUCGAUCUGCAAGAUAGGUUGGGCUUCGAUAAGGCUAGCAAAACUAUUGAGUGGCUCUUUUCCAAGUCCAAGAAAGCCAUUAAUCAGCUCAGUAGUAACGGCAGCCAUCUUACGCGAAUGAGCAGCAGUACUACUAGUACAGGUCAAAAGGGUUCCAAAUCGUUAGAAAUCUCCGAGGGGCUUACGAAGGGAAAAAAUGCAUCAGGCCAAGGUGAGUGUGAGGUUUCUGGCACGAAAGAAACGAAGAAAUCGGCUAAACAUAAUGCCAAGGAUUUGAGGGACAAGGCAAGAGCAAGAGCGAGGGAGAGAACAUGGGAAAAGAAGAUGAACAGAUGCCUUGAAAAAUCAAACUGGAGCUUGUCUGAUCAAGUUUACAGCUUGGCCCAAUUAGGGCCUGCUGGAAACCCUAAUCCCCUCUUUGAUUUAGGCCAAGAAUCGAUGAGUAACACGAGCAGUCAAGACAAUUUGUCGACUUCUCAAUCAUCAAUUCAUCAUCAUCUGGCUAACAUGGAGCUUCUGGGCACUACCACAAGCCCAUCUGGAUCGGUAUCGUGCUCUAUGUAUGGGUAUGACCAUGAGAAAAAUGGCGAUUUAUUCUCGGGUGGAUUGGAUUCCUAUUCCAACAACCUAUCUUAUCUUGGUUGGGACAUUAGUGCUGAAUGUUUAAACCCUAACUCUACUGAUCAUUUCCUGGAGAGUUCCGGCAAAAUAUUCGGUUACUUUGAUCAAAAUCAAGUGGACUAGUCGUCACUACAUAGGCAUCAGCAGCACCGUGCACCAUCGUAAAGGUUAGUACCUUAGAUCUCUCGCUGAAUAAAGUCUACUUUCAAAUCUUGUAUGUAAAGGAGAUUUGGAGCAUGUUAAUAUGUAUUUUAUGUGUAUUAAUUAUUUAGGUACAAGUAGCUGAUAAUAAAUCUAUGGUUUGUGAUUGCAUAAGUUAGUUUCCCUCGGCUAAGAAAGGACUUUUUGUUUAAUUUCUUUAAUUUCUUUAAUUCUUAUAUUAAUGUUGGAGGUAACCUUGUUCAUUUCUCAGAUGUUAAUUAUACAACAUAGUUCCACACCUAGCUACAAGUAAUAGAAGUGAUACACAUCAGUGAUUUGCA